AUGAACAGAUCUCUCAUAGAUUUGUCAGACUAUGAAGAAUAUGAUGAGACCAUUGUUUCUGAAGUCAUCUUGAAGUUCUAUUUGUUCUAUGUUCCUUUUUGUGUGAUCGUUGGCUUAUUUGGUAAUGGAAUGGUAUGGAUUCUCAUAAAAAACAACAGAAAUCUCUCAAAACUUCCAACUAACAUUUACUUGCUUAAUCUGGCUUUCGUUUCAUCAUUCUUCCUCGUUUUCCUGUUGUUUUUCUGGAUCGAAGAUGCUUUUGAAAUCAAUAUUUUCAAAAGUACCACUUUUUCUUGUAAAAUUAACACGUUCUUCGCCCACGUCAGUGAUUUUGUUUCUGUUUGGUUGAUCGUCCUUGUUGGUUCUGAGCGUCUUAUUCUUCUACAAUGGAAAACUCGAAGUUUAACCAAAGAACGAGCCAGAUCUCAUAUCAUCAUCCUUCUCAUAAUCGCCAUGCUCUUUAAUUCGUGGAUACUGGCUGUCGCGGAUCUUAAACCUGGAACAGAGUUUUGCGAUAUAAACUCUAAUUACGGUUACAUCUACGACAUCAUGACCAUCUUCGAAAUGGUUUUUUGUAUUGGUCUACCUAGUCUUAUAAUAAUUAUUUCCAACUGUAUCGUGGUUAUCAAACUCAAUCGUCACCUCAAGAAAUAUCCUUCUUCGCCAGCUGUCUCUUUUAAUACUUCCGAUGUAGUCAUGGCUUCUAACACUAUAGGAAGUAGUUCAAAAAUAAGAUCAUCCCUCGAAUCCCAAUCGAUGGUUCGGCAAGCUCCAAAACGAAGCUUGAGAUAUGCUGAUAUCCAAUUAACUCGAAGCUUACUGAUUGUCACUUGGUUUUUCAUCAUUCUAAAUUUGCCAAAUUAUAUAUAUCGGAUAGCCACCAGUUCAUUCGGAUUACCUCAUGAGGAUGCUUCAGCGAGAUUCAUUUCCAUAUUCGUUCAUUUACUUUUAUAUUCACAUCAUGCAUUCGUAUUCUAUUUUUAUAUUUUUUAUUCGCCACAAAUGAAGCGGAGGUUAAAACCAACAGCAAUGAAGCUCUUGGAAUGUUAUUGUUUCAAAGCUCCAGGUGAAUUUGCUAGUGAUAAUCGGUAA